AUGAUUAAUAAUAAUGAUUCAGAUUAAGAACUUAUGUAACAGAUUCUUACUCUUUAUGCUGAUCGAGAAGAGAAGAUUAACAAGAAUUAUCACAUUCAUUCCAAAUUCAAUUGCGAUUGUUCAAUAUGCCAUCAUCAACUAAUGACUGACAACCAAUUAAAAAAGGAUUUAAUUUAUGAUGAAUUCUAUGAUCAACCGAGUGAUCGCUAUCUACAAGACGAAUAGACACAUGUGAAAUUCAUGAGGAAAGAUGGAGGAUCACAAUUAUUGCCAUAAAUCAAAGAUCCUAUUGAUUUCUUAGGUCUUUCGAUUAAAAUGAUGCAGCCAACAAAAAAUGGGAAAACACUGAAUCUCAGAGUAAUGGAUACCUUAUUCUUUUAUUAAAGAGAACCUUGUGUUUUGGUUUAUCAUGACAAAGACAAAGGUCUUAGAAUCAUCAGAGAUCGGCAUCUAUUAACUAAUUUAUAAGAAUUAGGUUAGUUUUUAGUAAAAAGAAGAACAGAAUAUGAUAUAGAAUUAAGAGUGGCAACAGAGAAAAGAGAGAACAAAGAUUUCAAUAAUUUGGAAUUUGAUUAGAAGAGUGCAGAAAUAUAACAAGGAAUUAAGAAAUAUGUUUAGAAUAUUGGAAUCUAGAAGGAUUUUAUCUUAGUUAAAUUCAAGAAUGGGGGUGAAUAGAUAAUGUCAUAGUUAGCGGCUAUGUAACUGUUUGAAAAGAGGAAGAUAGAUUAAAUAUGGGACACCAUAGUUAUGAUCUAAGCAUACCCAUAUGAUUUUUAUGGGAAACUUAUUUUUAAAGCAAAAGAGAAUCCAGAAAAGUUUGAAAACAAUAGAUUAUCUAAAUAGUCUCUUAGCAAAGACACGAAGAAAUUCAAAGAAGAAGAUAAGCCAACGGAAGCAAAGUAGAGUAAAUCAAAAAUAGCAGAUGAUAGUAUGAAGUUGACUGAGGAAUAAAAAUAAAAAUUAAAUGAAUUAAAUAAGACUAGAUAUCAACGUAUAACAUACAUUAAGGAUGAUAUCAAAUAUUAAGACCAGUACGAUAAAGCCUUAGAGUAAAUUUGUUAAAUCAACAAUCCUAAUUUUUAGACUGGCAAUCAUAUCCGUCAACAUGAACUUUACUUAAAGGAGUUAAAGAAGAAGAGUAUGUCAUAAUAUUUAUAUUAUCACAUGUAUUAGAUUGUACACUUUUUUGAAGCAUAUCAUCAACGAAAAAUAAUGAAAUUGAGGCUGGAUUUUGCUAGGGAUGAUUUUGAUAAUCUGUAUAUAAUAGAUGCAGGAUAAUUAUAGUUUAUAGAUGUAAGAAAGAUUGAGUGGGAUGAAUUGAUAUUGAAAGAGAUAUCUUUGAUUAAUCCAGAUUAUAAAUAGCUAGUCUUAAGAGAAAUAGAGGAGAAGGAGAAGUUGCAAAGGGAGGGUGAAGUGGUAGUCAAUCACUAGAGAUAGAAAUAUUUAAAAUAGGCUUUUGAUGAGGUUGUAGGUUACUUCAGAGAAUAAUACAGCAAAGCUAUUGAUAAAUGUGAAUCAGAACUGUAAAAUCAACCAGAUAUUGAUAAGACUGAUGAAAUCUUUAAAAAAAUCAAUCCGAGAGCAGAUUUGAAAUUCUCAGAAAUGUUAGCUAUUCAUAAACCUGACGAGAUCAUUAGACAGAAGGAUUUAUUGAGCAAUUUCAGAAUUGAAUUAAGCAAGAUUUUUGAGUCAAUAGAAAUAUUAUCGAUAAUCUAAAGAUACAAGAAAUAGUUGAGAUUAAGUGCUAGUAAAUUAUCAGCAGUUGAUUUGAGAUCAUCUUCGAAAUAUGCAUUCACUACUAAAUGA